UCAGGACCUGGGGGGCCCUAAACAUCCUGUAAAAGAAACAGAGAGCAGCAAUGAGGCUCGUUUUGCUCAUCAGACAAAUACACCAGCAUAUGAGUGUAUGUUCAGUUUGGAUUCUCUCAAAGCUCAGGAACCUUGUGGUGACCUCCAAGAAAUCCAGCUCAUCCUCCUCCGUUCCACCCAGCACCACAUGGCCUCAGCCUGGCCUGAAGAGGAGACCUUUGUGUGCUCAGUAUGCCUGGACACACUGAAGGACCCGGCAACUCUACCCUGUGGACAUUCAUACUGCUUGGCUUGUAUCCAGAGCCACUGGGACAAGAAAGACAGCAAGGGUGAGUGCAGCUGCCCCCAGUGUCGGCAGGUCUUCAAACCUCGACCCUCCCUCGCCAAGAGCACUUUGCUAGCGGAGGCGAUGGAGAAACUGAGAACCAACAGUUUCAAGCAAAGCCCCUCCACAGCUGGCUCCUCUGCCCAGCCAUCAAUGCCUAUCUACCUGGAGGUCCUACCGGAUAGAGGGCCGCGACAGGGCAGUGUGUACCCUCAGCUUCCCACGGUGGAGCCCAGGCCCUGCCCUCAACACAACCGACCCCUGGACCUGUUUUGUCAUGACGACAAGGAGUGUGUGUGUGAGGUGUGUUGCCAACAUGGACACAAGGGACAUCGUGUGCUUAAGCCAGAGGAAGAGAGGAAGGAGAGGCAGAAAGAGCUUGUUCAGAUGCAGGUUGACAUACAGAAGAGAAUCCAGGAGACUGAGAGGAAGCUUGUGGAGCUCCCACAUGCUGCCCGCCAACACAAGGCCUUAGUGCAGGCUCUAGAGCAAGAGAGCAUGGAUUUAUUCUCAGAGCUAAUCAAAAACGUGAAUCAAACAGGCAUCGAGGUCAGUGAGGCCCUCAGCAUCCAUGAGACCUCCUUAGGCAGCCAGGUCGAGGGGCAGAUCCAGAAUCUGGAGCAGGAGGUGGCAUCGCUGCGCUGGAGGGGUGAGGAGCUGAACAGGCUGGCCGACAUGCAGGACCACAUCCGCUUCUUGAAGAAUUUCCUCACCAUGGAGCCGCUGGGUCAGACGGCUGCCAUGGGAGAGUCGAGUCAGGAGGAAGCGGUGGUAGCCUCUGUCCGCAUAGUCAUGAAAGAGCUACAACAGUCAAUACAGGACGUCUGCAAAGCCAGCCUGGCUAAGAUCAUCACAUUAGUGAAUCCUGACGCUGUGGCUUCAGUGCCCAAUGGUGCAGCAGCAGCGGCCACUACGGCAGCUGAUAACAGUUGUCAGGCCGCUGCAAAAAACACAGUGUAUGAGAUGAUAACAGACCCUCCACCUUUGCCACCUCCACGCCCUCAAGGACACAAAGAUUCAUCCAAACGUCCUUCUUGUCAAGCUUCAGCCCCGCCUCCACCUUUCCCUCCUCCUCAACCUCGAGCACCUCCUGCAACAACAAUGGGACUUGUUAAUCCUGAUCCAAAGACAAGAGAAGAACUGCUGAAAUAUCGCUUUGAACCCACCAUGGAUGCCAGAACGGUGUUUCGCCACGUGCAGCUGUCAGAUGGCGAUCGUAAGGCCACAAUGCGGGCUGAGAACCUGAACCUACCAGACCAUCCUGAACGCUUCCAGUUCUGGAGACAGGUUCUCUGCAGAGAGCCCCUAGGAGGGAGCCCUUACUACUGGGAGGUGGAGUGGACCGGCACAAAGAUCACCAUCGGCGUGGCCUACAAGGAGAUGGAGCGUAAGGGUUCUGAUGACAACAGCCGUCUGGGCCACAACGCUCUGUCCUGGAGCUUGUACUGGUCCGGGACCGGCUUCUCCUUCUGGCACAACAGCCAGGAAAAAUUGCUGGGUUCCCCCAAGGCCCGGCGGAUUGGCAUCUAUCUGGACCAGCAUGCAGGGAUUCUGGCUUUUUACCGCAUCACCCACAACCAGGCUGAGCUCAUCCACCGGCACCAGACCCAGUUCACUGGCCCACUGUACCCAGGGUUCAGGUUCUGGGGGGGUGUGGGGUCUACAGUGACUAUUUGCCAGUUGGAUUGAGUUGUUUAUGAAUGAUGGGCUGUUGUUUUUUCAUAUAACCGGUUAGUCUGGUUGGAAGCAUGUGACAAUUUCUUAAUAAGGAAGCAAAUGUGCUCAAGAGAAAAACAUGUUCAAGAAUGUCUGGUUUUCAUGUUAUUCUUUCUCCGCCAGCUUUUAUUGGUGUGAUGUCUUUGUAAGUGAAUAAAAGAGCAGCGAACACACAUUUCAUUUAUACAUCUUUAUAUUUUUGGGAUGGAUGUUAACAUCUCUUAAAGGAGCAGUAUGUAAGAUUUGAGCAGAUGUGUUAGCAUCUAGUGGUGAGGAUCGCAGAUUUCGAACAGCUAAAACUCCUGAUGAGAACUCCUGUAGUGUUUAUCAUUCAGGAGGUUUUAUAUAAUAUUAUAUUCCCUUUCUGCCGAUACAUCUGCCCAAAUCCUACACGUUGAUCCUUUAAAGCGUUGUUGAUGGUUUGAGUAGACCUCAGUAUGGUGUGACACGUACACAGGCCAAUACACAUUCUGUCCUGCUGAUCUUAUCUUUGAUCCUCACUCUUAGGUAACCAGGAUGCUUUUAACCCCUCCUCCAUUCUUAAGUUAUCUGUAGCAUCUCUCGUAUUCCCACAUUGAUUUGUAACAGUUUGACCUUCAUUGGCCUUUUGUCCACCCAUUCCUUUCUCCUCACGUAGCUAAGACUGUUAUUCAUGUACCUGCAAUGCAGAGUCCUGAUUGGUGUUCAAUAAAAGAUUUAUUUUGCUUCACAU